GGAUCUGGAUGAAUGCAGUCCAUGUCUUUCUAUGAAGAGUAUACAUAGUCAGUAACUUGGAAUGUUUCACAAAUCGGAAUUCUUUAUUCGGUUGCGUUGAUUCGUUACAAAAUUGUUUUUUUGUUUUUUGUGUAAUUUGACGUAAAUUCGAAUUUAAAAUCGACAUUAACAGAAGACUGUCAAAAGUUGCUGACGCUUGCAGCUUUGAACGUCUGAUGCAUUUCAUUGUCCUUCAGGUUACUCUGUUUCAUAAAAAUAAAUAGCCACCGAAUAGGGUUAAACCUACAAACGUCAAACUAUUCUUAUUAUAUAAUCAAAUUUAUUAAUAUCUAAUGGCUAGACAUGCAUUCAAUAUUUUACAGCUUUCAGUCAAACUGAGUGUCGUCCUGCUGAUUAUCGUCGCCGUUAAAUGUCAGGAUAAUUUUAACCCCGAUGAAGAUUCUUUGGAAACUGAAUUAAAUAGUAGCAAAUUAUUGCUGUCAAAAAUAAAAGAUAAAUUAAAUAUCGUCCAAAAUGACAUGCGGCACAAAUUCAAGCGGUCAAUUCCCAAAAAUCGACGGACCAGAACUGCUUUCCUCAAAUCACCAGACCCCAACCGGCGGACAUUUUCGACUCAAGUGUUGGCCAAGAAAAUGGCUGAGGAGUCACUGAGGUCACCGAAAAUGCAAGAGACUUUCAAACGGUUAACGGAAAUUAGAUCAAUCGACGGACCUCACAAGGCUGUAAAAAAAAGUGUUCAGCCAUUUCCAAAAAAAGUAAACUCAAAGUUAGGUCACAAAAAUAUCACUAAAAGAAAAAUCGCGAAAUUAUCAUCGGCUAAACACAAACGAAAUACCGGAUUGCGAAAUUUAAAAAAGCGACACCCACAAAAACAGCGACAGCGAAAGGAAGCCAAAAUUCCAUUAGUACGUAAGGAUUGUAAUGACAGCGACAAUACUUCUGGAUCAAUUGUAAGCAAGGUGAAGGACACGAAAGACAAUGAUAAAUUAAAAUCAUCUGAUGAGAGUAUAAAAUCUUCUAGGGGCCUGCUAAAAACGGAUGUAAAGCGCAACGACGGGGACUGCACCGUGGAUAGACCCAGGAUCUCCAGUCCGGUUAAAAAUCCCCUGCUACCAGAUGCCGAGCCACAUGACCACAAUUUCCCCAGACGCACUCGUCACACUUAUCCUCUUGAUAAAUUGCCUAUUCACUUGGACAAUCGGUACCGCAAACAGUACGACGAAUUUUUGAAUAAUUUAGGAAGCACGGAAAAUUAUAUACUCAACCCGUAUUUAAUUCCCGCGCAUGAAAAAAUUUAUUACAAGCCUCGAUACGACAAACGAGACCCCAUUGAACUAAACUCGGUCGAUUUAUUUGAUAAUAACUAUAAUGUAAAUUACAAUAAUGAUUAUCUGAAAAAUUUUGGCGAAAAAUCUGUUACUGAACGGUCUCUGGCACCGACAAGCGAAUUAUUUUUAAACUCCACGGACAAUUUGAGUCUAGGAAAAGUUAAUGAAAAUAAAAUAAAUCGAGUUAAGUUUAAAAUGAAUGAAACAUUUCGCGACGACGGGACUGCUCGCGAGACCAAAGAGAUAGCGAGACAAAUUUUGAAUAAAAUAAUCGAGGAAUUGGAGGAAUUGAAAUUAGAUCACAAUAAAAGUUAUCACAGGGAAGAGCUGCCGUGUAAUUUAACGGGGAACUGGAUUUCUGUGCAAGCGGGAGUCCAAUUGGAAAUAAAACCUGUUAAUAAACAUAAAUUAGAUGUUAAGAUAAAAAAGCAGAAAUUGAUAAAAACGAACCGUCGGGGAUUUUUGAACGACACUUGGAAUAUUUCCGGGCAGAUUUUUUUUGGAUAUAACGCUCCGUUUUCGCUGACUGCUGUUAAUUGUCACACCAAAUCGCUGGCUACAUUUAUCGGAACCUGCAAAAUUUGCAAUGGCAAUGACGUCAUUCAAGGAAUUUGGUCGACGAUACAUGAACCGCAUGAUUGUCGAUAUUUUCCAAUAGCUAUCAAUAAUUACAAUGACAUUUUUCGAAGAAUUAAAAAAACGUGACGAAUUUAAAAUUAAAUUUUUACUGAUAAUUAUCUUUAUACAUGUUAACUUUGCGUAAAUAAUGUACAAAUGCAGUUAAUAAUUAACUACAUAUUUAUAAAAUAUAUAUACAAAAAAUAAA